GAUGUUUUCAGUUUCCCCCACUAGUACCAUAUUGCUGUUGUGUAGCCAGAGCAGUUACUGGAUAUGGAGUGUUUGGGAAUAGAAUUUCAUUAUUCUGAAAUUUUAGCUUCAAGCAACAAGUUGUCUUUAGUUUGAAGUUAGCUUGGGUUGAUAGAAUAUGGAGCCUGAGAAAUGGAAAUCUUAAUUCCAUUUUGAAAACUUCAAGCAAUGGAUAUCUAACCCUUUCUGAGUUAUUGAGACCUUAAUCCGCAAAUACAACUUGUUUGGCAGAUCGUGGACUUGAAUAAGCUGUUGGAAAGUUCUUCAGCUGUCAAAUUUGUUGGGCAAAUCUCCUUUGGCAAUUUACCUCUGUUUAAUAAGAUCAGGUUGAUCAUAAACAGAUUAAUCAAAUAUAACCAUAUAAUAUAGUAUCUUCGUCAUUUAGCAGUUUAUUUGUGUUGAGUUCAAUCAAUUGAUUUUGCAACUCUAAUACUUGAUCAAAAGGCAAGGAUCACAAAGUUACACUGCGGUAUGUAUCUUACUUUUCAUCCUUUUGUCAAAGUUAUUUUGAUUUCUUUAAAAAAUCAACACUUCAACAGAGAUGACAGUGUUGAUUUAUGUUCUUCUAGGUUAGGGUCUGUUUGGAUUCUGGAAAAUGCUAGGGAAUGAAAAAAAGGAGGAAUAUAGAGAGAAAAUCUGAAGGAAAAAUAUGGGCGAAAAUAGUAAAUUGAUUCCAACUUAAUAAACUAAUGUUAGAUAUUUGUUCAUACUCAUUUUUAAGCAUUUCUAUUAAAAAAUGCUUAAAAAACUAGAUGCUCCUUCAUUUUUUAUUAGUCGAUCUACUAGUUUCAAGGUUUUGAAGAGCAAAAUUGUAGGAGUAGUGAGUAGUACUAUGGUAGAAGAAGUAAGAAAAACAAGAAAAUAAAGAUGGAAAAGUAAGGGUUUUAUGUGAUUUGAUAUGAUCAAAUUUGCCAAACAAGGAAUUCGGAUCAACUAGUAAAAUGGAGGAAGUAUAUGCUAGAAAUGACUAAAAUUUUAUCAUAUUUGGUUAUCAUUUGGUAUCUUUCAUACAUAAAAGGGAAAGUUCCCGAAAUAGGACUAAAACAGUUUGAUAAUUCCAAAAUAGGACUGUCAUGUUUUUUUAUUCCCAAAAUAGGAGUAAUUACUGUCAAGUUUGGAAAAUACUGUCAUGUUUGAAGUCUGGUACUGCCAAAACAUGAUAGUAAUUAGUCCUAUUUUGGGAAUAAAAACAUGACAGUCCUAUUUUGGAAUUUUCAAACAUUUUUAGUCCUAUUUCGGGUAAUAUCUCUACAUAAAAAGACUGCAGUCCUUAAUAUUUUUUAUUCUUUUCAGUGCCGUUUUUUGAGUUUUAUGGACAAAUAUGUUACAUGCAUUAAAAAUUGCAGGAUAUAAUCUUUUAGCUUUCAAAAUAUGGAUUUGGACAUAAGCGACAUUGAACGUUUUAGUGAGAGCAGUGAGAAUCAAGAUUAUGGUGGAAAAGCUUGUUCUAUUCUAUCUAGUCUUGAAGAUACUCUUGGAAGAAUAGACGAUUUCUUAUCCUUUGAAAGGGUGUUUAUAGAAGGAGACUUUGUUUGCUCAGUAAAGGAUGAACCAUCCGGGCAGACCGGUAGAGUGGUCAAUGUUGAUAUGGUAGUGGACGUGGAGGACAUUUUCGGAACUGAAAUAUGAGGUGUCAACUCCAAGAAAAUCCAAAGAAUGCGUUCAAUUAUGGUUGGGGAUUAUGUAGUGUGUGGGCCGUGGCUUGGGAAAGUUGAAAACGUGAUUGAUCGGAUAACCGUUCUGUAUGAUGACGGUUUUAUGUCUGAAUUCACCACAACGGGACAUGAGAUCAUCACGCCCAUUUCUCCAGACUUGCUUGAAGAUCCACACUAUCCGUUUUAUCCCGGGCAAAGAGUGAAGAUUCAUAUCCGACCCGUUUCUCCAAAAUCAACCAAGUGGUUGUGUGAUGUCAGAAAUGAUGAAAGAUGUAUGGGGACUGUUUGCUCUUUGGAUGCCGGGGUUGUGUAUGUUAGUUGGAUUGGUUGUGUGACAAACGGCCAUGAGAAGGCAUCUAGUCCUCCACAUUUGCAGGAUUCAAAAAAUCUGACCUUGCUGUCAUGUUUUUCUGAUGCCAAGUGGCAGGUUGGGGAUUGGUGUUUGCUUCUAGAUGCUGACAAUGAGAAUUCCCUGCAUAGUUCUCUUUGG